AUGCUGCCGGGGACCGGAGGUGGCGUGGGGACGAGGAGACGGGAUGCCGGCUUCUGGCAGGGCUCUAUGCGUGGCAGACGCGGCACAGUGCUGGCCAUAGCCACCCUGGUGCUCCUGGGUGGGGGCUGGAGCCUGUUUCUGUACAGCAACCUGGUGGAUGCCGAGGAGUCCAGCGACCUGCACCUGCACGUCGAGGAGGGCCGGAGGUCCACCGGCGAGGGCGGCCUGCGCCAGCGCCUCGCCCUCCUGGAGGAGGGCAUCCGUGGCCUGGCCAGCGCGCAUCUCGAGGAGGCAGCGGACCUGGAGGCCAGGGCAGAGACCGGUAGCGCGGGGGAGGGGCUGACGCUGCGCCAGAAGGUGUUUGUGGAGGGCGAGGAGGUGGCGGAGGGGUCGGCGCAGAGCCCACCUCCCCCGGUGGUCCAGACCGCACAGGAGGUCGUCGCCCAGGCUGUGGAGGCUUCCCGGCAGGCGCAGGGGACGGGGGGGGAGCCGGGCAGGCCGGACCUGGCCCUGGAGGUGCAGAAGGCCGCCGACGCAAUGCGACGGCGGCGCGGGGCCGAGGCCGCAGAGAAGCGCCGUCAGCGCAUGGAGGAGCGGCUGGCAGAGCGCGCGCGGGCCGCAGUCCCACUGCGACCCCGGCGGGACCCACCCAACGGCACCGUGCUCACGCCCGCCGAGCUCACAGCUCGCCGCAAGGAGGUGGAGGAUGCCAUGCUGCACGCUUGGCAGGGCUACGUGACCUUCGCCUGGGGCCACGAUGAGCUCUGUCCUAUCAGCCAGACGGGGAAGGAUGACUUUGGGGGCCUGGGCGCCACCAUCGUGGACUCCCUGGACACCCUGCGCAUGAUGGGCUUCACUGAGGAGUAUGAGCGCGCGCUGGGCUGGGUGCGCAGCGGGCUGAACCUGACCGUGGACUUCAACGCCUCGGUGUUCGAGACCACGAUCCGGGUGGUGGGCGGCUUCCUGGCCGCCUACGAGCUGACUGGGGACGAGGUCCUGCUCAAGCGCUCGCUGCAGGUGGCAGAGCGCCUGCUGCCGGCCUACGACACGCCGACCGGCAUCCCAUACGGCACCAUAAACCUCAAGACGCUGGCGCCGCGCAACCCCAAGUGGGCCUCCAAGGCCUCCAGCCUGGCCGAGUUCGGCACGCACCAGCUGGAGUGGUACAAGCUCAGCGCGCUGAGCGGGGACCGGCGCUUCGCCGACCUGGCGGAGCACAGCAUCCGCUACCUGAACGAGCAGUUCCCGGGGCAGGGCCUGAUGCCCCUGUUCCUCAGCCCCUCCACGGGCAAGUUCACCUCCCGCCGCAUCUCGCUCGGCGCCCUAGGCGACUCCUACUACGAGUACCUGCUCAAGAUGUGGCUGCUCAAGGGCAAGACAGAUGACAUGUACCGCACCAUGUGGGAGCAGGCCAUGGAUGAGAUGCUGGAGAAACUGGUGCUCAACAGCACGGAGGGGCACAUGUACAUCGCCGAGCUGGAUAGGAAGACGGUGCGGCACAAGAUGGACCACCUGGUGUGCUUUGUCCCCGGCAUGCUGGCCCUAGGAGUGCACUCCGGAGCAGUGGGCGGCGAGAAGGGGGAGCGCUACAUGGCGGUGGCGGCGGGGGUCACCGAGACCUGCUGGCACAUGUAUGAUCGCCAGGCGUCGGGCCUGAGCCCCGAGAUCGUGACCUUCCGGGCAGGGGGCGCGAUGCGUGACGGCGGGGCCUACAACCUACUGCGCCCGGAGGCGGUGGAGGCCUUCUGGUACAUGUGGCGUGUGACGCGGGACUGGAAGUACCGGGACUGGGGCUGGGCCGUCUUCCAGACCAUGCAGCGGCAUGGGAGGAAGGAGGCAGGGUUCUCCGGGGUCAAGGACGUGCGCGAGGCGGAGCCCACGCCGGACGAUACGCAGCAGAGCUUUGUGCUGGCGGAGACCUUCAAGUACCUCUGGCUGCUCUUCAGCGAGGACACCUCUUUCGAUUUCGAGACGACGGUGCUGAACACGGAGGCCCACCCCCUCAAAGUGGUGCGCCAGCCCCUGAGUGCGGCAGACACAGACACGCAGCGAUGA